AUGGUUUGUAUGGUUUAUGAUGACGAUAGCAAUGAAAAUUGUAAUGAUGAUGAUGAUGAUGAUGAUGAUAACAAUAACAAUAAUAAUAACAAUGAUAACAACAAUAAUGGUAAUGAUGGUUAUGAUGAUGGUGAAACCAUCGUGAGGAUAUUCUACCUCUGUUCCUAUCUUAAACGAAAAUGGCUUUGUGCUUACCUUAGUGCAUUCGACUCUGAAUUUCACAAGCUAAAAUUUAUACUAGGUGUAGCACGCACUAACAUAGCUUCUCCAUUUUGUGCCAAGUAAGGAACCUAGCAUCUGUGUAUAAUUAACUACUGAGUUUCAUGAGCAUUUGCGACUUAUGCUCGGUCGACUGAUACCUUAUAUAGCUUUAUAUCAUUUUUAUUGCAUUUCGUUUUUGGUAGUCUUUCAUUUUCGUAUGCAUACCAAACAAAACUUUCAGUACAAUGGCGAUAUAUUAAUGUUAUUAUAGAAAUUUCAAGAUAAGAAGUUGAAAUACAGCUUACAGAAUUUUCGGCACGAAGUGGUUUGUCGGCUCCACCGGAGAUUUAACUUGGAUCGAAGGACGAUUUUAUAACGUUCUUGUAAUGAUGAAAAGCUGAUAGAUUUCGCUCAGAGAAGCUAUUAUAACAGUUUCUGGUAACUUUACGUGAGGUUGCGGUGGCUGUCGAUGGAAAAUACAAGCAUCUGAUGAAAAAGACAAAAAAUUGAACUAGUGAUACAAAGAUCUGCCCUUUUGGAACUGGAAAAGCUGCCUUUGAUUUGACACUGGAAAAGUUGGAAAGUAUCUGUACAAAGAGGCUUCAUUUGAACUCCGUGCGCGUCACUUAAUGAUCAUCAUUGGCCAACAAUGGUUCUCAAACUCAUUAAUAAUUCAUUAAGAAAAUACAAAGGAAAUUAAUGUUUAAUGAGUGUUUGGAAAUCGGAUGAAACACUGCUUAGUAUUUGCAUCCUUAAUUUCUCCUUCAAAAAUGAUUUUGUUUGAGAAGAAAUAUCAAACAUUCGACACAGUGUUUCAUCACCAGAUGAAACACCUCGAAGUUCGUCAAAAAUACUCCGCUGCGCGUCGUAUUUUCAACUCUCUUCUCGGUGUUUCAUCUGGUGAUGAAACACUGCAUCUCAUGUUUGAUAUAUUACUUCAAAUUCAGAUCCUACCCGUGUAAUUUCACCGUUCUAUAACUUGAAAGAAGUAACAAAAAACAUGAAAAGUAGACCCUACUUUGAAUUAGCUGAAUGUGGAUAAGCCGCUGUGUAUGGCAUAGGCGACCCAGGCUUUAAAUAAUAGCAUAUGUUUUACUAUAGUUGAUACCUAAAAUUUUUAUGGAAUCAAAUUUAUAGCUUACUUCAAGUAACCUCAAUAUUUCUUUACUUCCCAGUAGAUCUUUGACAUUUAAGCACUUUCAGCUAUUAUUAAUGCCCUGAAAUUUUUUGGUUUUUAUUCGUCACCUGUUCGUGUUUAAAGGUUGAAAAUAUUUCUCUUUCAGUCGUACCAUGGACUGUUAUGUAAUCGACAUGGAACCUCUUACGAAUGUGGUGCGAGCUUGUCACAGCACCUGUUCGAUAUAGGCAACCCUAGCUGGAAGAUAAUUGUAAUUGUAAUUACUUUCUAGUCAGAAAAGUGUUGUUUUCUUUGGGAAAAAAGAUUGCAAGAUUAUUCCGUCUCUUUUAAUUUUCGUACUGCCAAAGCAAUUAGAACUUUUGCGAAGAAUUGUUAAUUAUAAUUGACACUAUUUCAUCCAUGACGCAGGCAGGUUGACCACUGGGAUUAUUCACCGUUAAAUGCUAUGCCACAGUUCGAAAUUUUCAUCUGUAGUUUAAGUCGUAACAAAUAUUUCAACAAAGGAAAGCUGGCUGCGUUAAAAAGUCUCUAAAUCGAUCGUAGAUUAAGCUUGUCGUAGGCAUGCAUGUAGAUCAGGACAAUUAACCACCUCAAUAACAACAUCAGUAAGGUGCCUUGGGUGUUAAUGUAGUUAAUAUAAAAAAAAAAUUUCAUAAACAAUCACAUUGGUGGCUGAACUCGACCGUAAAACACCUUAGAUAGGAAAAUGACCUACCAAAACUAGGGUAAUUUAAGAAUAGUUUGGUUAGUGCAAUUUUUGAGGAAAUUGCUGUAUCGAUGUUAUCUAAAUUUGAAGGAUUUGACUUGAGACAACUGUAAAACACUAAACAUUAUCAACAUGACUGAAAAUAGCAUCCUUAGGGCACCUUAACUUUCUAGUUUUUGAAUUAAAUAUGUAUAAAUUAAUCAUUGUUAUGAUAUCUCAGCUCAGUCGUAAAACAACCUAAUAAUAAACAGACCAAUCAAAGCGUCGUUGCUGGUCUCUCACGGUUAAACCCUGAAAUUGGAGUUCUGCUGUUAUUGAACUUGGGAGGGCUUUGACUCAAUGAAUACAUAUAUACAAAGAAUCGAGUAUUAAUCAGUGUCGUAAUCGACAGCAUUGAAAACUACCUGUAAAAGAGAUUUGCGAGGCUGCAAGAAGGCUGGACCGCCGCCCUGUCAGGUAAAAUGAGCACAUUUCAUUUGCUUUGUUAUAACAAGCACUUUGAACUAACGUUUUAGUUCGUUUACCCUAUUAAAUACACUAGAAUUUUAAUACUCUGAAGAUGACUACCGAACAGGUUGUCCAAACUUCAGUCCCUGUCAACAGCAACAGUCCUAUUCAGGACUACGUUCACCCGGACGAUCAAACUCAACCUACUUUUGAAAUUUUAAUAUCAUUCGCAAAACCGUCUUUCUUUAUCCCUUUAUUCUUCUACUUUUAUGUAUCCCUGGGCGUUUAAUUAUAAUCCUCAAAUGAAAAGACAAGGAAGCCCAAUAAAUGUUUACAAUAAGUGGGCAAAGCAAGUAUCACAGAUCAACUACCCAUGGGUUAUAUAAUGGCCGUUUUACCAAAGCUAUUUCAAUGAGCGCUGUUGACUCUACUGUGCCUGUUUACACUUAGACAGAGCACAGUUCUCAGCAGGAUUAGCCCGUUUCAACAAUUUUUAAACCAAUAAUUUAUGUCAUAAAGAAUGUAAACGUUCGUGAAACAUUCAGUCAAAAAAUGACGAUUUUGUGAAGAAGGUCUUGGGUUUCUCCCUAUGAAAGGACACGAUGACCAUGUUAACUUUGUCUCCAACUGCACCGCAUGCUGUCGUGCAGCGUUUAGCUGUCACCUGUAAUAAGCUUUUGAUAACCAAGCAAAUAAUAACAACAUACGCCCUUCACGCUUGCUAUAGUUUCAUCGGUGUAAGUCCGUUUGUCAUGGUAAUUUACACGUGAGAUUCUCAAGUUAUUAUGAAAUUAUUUUCUUACUUAAAGCCUUUGGAAGCGUCAUUGAUGUCUAGUGGGAUCAUCGAGCCGUUUAAGACAUUACAUUAAUGCUACUGAAAUUUAUGCUGUAAACAGAGUGUACCCUUCCUUCCAAGAGGGAUUUCCCUAUGUGAAUAGGUAAGUCGAAUCAACUUUCAAUGGUUUAUUGGAAUGGUUUGGGAAGAGCUUGCGUGGCAAACAUAUGCAUUAACUCAUCGAUCACCCUGGCGAAUCUCUCCACAAAAUAUCAGAUCAGAUUGAUAUAUUUUUAGUUCUGGUUCAGAUAAUCAUUCUACCAUUUUUUUUAACGUGCCUAGAGCCACAAAUCAGAUGCAGCUCUAGAAUUCGCUGUCCCUUGAGGACACAUUUUUCAACCUUUUUAAGAGCCCUUCGAGCAUUAGUUGAGUCAGUCAUGAUUUAUAUUCCUCCUCAUAAAUUUCAGCUGAUGUAGAGGAUGAAUCCUCUCAUCGACUAUCUAAAAAAUAUUUGGAUUUUUCAUUUUUAAACUUUAAUUCUUGCUCAGAUGAUUUUUCGUCAAUUUUUUUCUACAAAGUCUUCCGAUGGGUCGGUCGUGAUUUAGGUUCUACCGGGCUGAUGAGGACGUCAACGACAACUUCAGCCCCAGGAUGGGACCGCUGAAGUAAGGCUGUUAGAUAUUCAGAAAAGUAGGUUCUACAAACAUUGAAACGAAUUCUCACAACGCACUGAGGAUUAAAUUAGCAUAUUCUGGUUAAUUCUCUUUAGCCUAUACAAGUUUGACUGUUUUCCGAAGGUCAAACGUUUCACGGGAAGACAGAAAUUAACGAGCAGGCUGGAUUUACAUUCAUUUAAUGUCCUUGUACUACCCAGCCGCAAUAAUCGGCUCAGGAACAAUUGAUCACCUAGAUAUUUCAAGUUCUAAAAACUUAGAAUUCACAUUGCUAUCAUAAUCAGUCAAACGAGAGUUUUACACUGAGCCUGAACAAUUGCGUUGCAGUUAAUCGUUUUUUAAACAAUUAACAAAGGAUACAUGAGUACGUGUAAAAGCAACAAUGUAAUAUUCCAUUAAUGGUAAGUCAUCAUGCGAAAAUAAAGUUUGAAUUUUAAUACUAAACAUGAAAAAUAUAUAUUAAACAAAUACAAAAGGGGAUGUUAAGAAAGCAGAAAACGCAAAUUGGUUAAUACAUAGACCGAUAUCAGGUCAGGGUGUGGUUUUUCUAUCUAUGGAGAGCUUUAUAUAUUAUAUGAUUUUCAAAAGACAGAAAUAAACACUAUAUCAAACAAGAUAUGAUACGCUGAACCCCCCUCUUAGAUAUAUGAACAAAAGGGGCAAAACAAAGAAAGUAAAAACCACAAAAUUACAAUGGAUAAAAGGUGAUACAAAAGAUAACACCUUGCACUCAAUAAAAAGCUUCGAACUACACGAGUCUGGCCCUUUUUUUUCCAAGUUCUAGCUAAAGAUCUUUUGGAGCAAAACUUAGAGAGUACUUAACCAAAGAAAAGAUAUAAAUAUUGGCUUAAAUGUUCGGCACAGGUGUUUCCGGCAUUCACGCAACAUGUAGGGUUUUAUUUUGUUUCUUUCCCAGGGUGAAAAGGAGGAAAAUGGUGAUUUUUGAUGUGAAAUGAACAGGGAAGAUAAAGAAUUAAACCCCUAAAUGAGACCAGUUUGGGCGUGGCUGCAAGGUUUUAUUUGACCCCCAAAGAAGAUCAAGGCAUACACCGACACAGUAUUAUGGGCUUUACUUUUUCUUUUCUUUUCUGUUCAUGUUUUUGUUAUUUGUCUUUGUUUUUUCCUUUUUUUUUUUCUUUUCUCCCUUUUUUUGUUAUAACUGGCAAACGUCUCAACUAAGCCCAAAGCUUUUGCCAACUUCGUCCCCUGGGUGAAGGCAGGAGGGGAACGGAAAAGAAAACUGACCUUAAGCUAGGCAAUAGAAACGAUCAGAAAGAUAUGCUGUCAGAAAUUAUAGCACGCUGUGCAACUGGACACUAA